GCGGGACCCCGCGGGGCGGCGCGGCCGAAGCGCAGCAGGAGGAGGACGCGGCCGGAGGGAUCAGGAAGCGGCGGCGCUGCGCCCGCGUCCUGAGCAGGCCGAGAAGUACAAACAGAUCUGGGUCCAGUAUGGCAGAUCCUGGUGAUGGUCCCCGUGCAGCGCCUGGGGAGGUGGCUGAGCCCCCUGGAGAUGAGAGUGGUACCUCUGGUGGGGAGGCCUUCCCCCUCUCUUCCCUGGCCAAUCUGUUUGAGGGGGAGGAAGGCUCCUCUUCUCUUUCCCCGGUGGAUGCUAGCCGCCCUGCUGGCCCUGGCGAUGGACGUCCAAACCUGCGUAUGAAGUUCCAGGGCGCUUUCCGCAAGGGGGUUCCCAACCCCAUUGACCUGUUGGAGUCCACCCUGUACGAGUCCUCAGUAGUGCCUGGGCCCAAGAAAGCGCCCAUGGAUUCCUUGUUCGACUACGGCACUUACCGUCACCACCCCAGUGACAACAAGAGAUGGAGGAGAAAGGUCGUGGAGAAGCAGCCACAGAGCCCCAAAGCUCCUGCACCCCAGCCACCCCCCAUCCUCAAAGUCUUCAAUCGGCCCAUCCUCUUUGACAUUGUGUCCCGGGGCUCCACUGCGGACCUAGAUGGACUGCUCUCCUUCUUGUUGACCCACAAGAAGCGCCUGACUGAUGAGGAGUUCCGGGAGCCGUCCACGGGGAAGACCUGCCUGCCCAAGGCGCUGCUGAACCUAAGCAACGGGCGCAACGACACCAUCCCGGUGUUGCUGGACAUUGCGGAGCGCACCGGCAACAUGCGUGAAUUCAUCAACUCGCCCUUCAGAGACAUCUACUACCGAGGCCAGACAUCCCUGCACAUUGCCAUCGAACGGCGCUGCAAGCACUACGUGGAGCUGCUGGUGGCCCAGGGAGCCGACGUGCACGCCCAGGCCCGCGGCCGCUUCUUCCAGCCCAAGGAUGAGGGAGGCUACUUCUACUUUGGGGAGCUGCCCUUGUCCCUGGCAGCCUGCACCAACCAGCCGCACAUCGUCAACUACCUGACAGAGAACCCUCACAAGAAAGCUGACAUGAGGCGACAGGACUCGAGGGGGAACACGGUGCUGCACGCGCUGGUGGCCAUCGCCGACAACACCCGAGAGAACACCAAGUUUGUCACCAAGAUGUACGACCUGCUGCUUCUCAAGUGUUCACGCCUCUUCCCCGACAGCAACCUGGAGACAGUUCUCAACAAUGAUGGCCUUUCGCCUCUCAUGAUGGCUGCCAAGACAGGCAAGAUCGGGGUCUUUCAGCACAUCAUCCGACGUGAGGUGACAGAUGAGGACACCCGGCAUCUGUCUCGCAAGUUCAAGGACUGGGCCUAUGGGCCUGUGUAUUCUUCUCUCUACGACCUCUCCUCCCUGGACACAUGCGGGGAGGAGGUGUCCGUGCUGGAGAUCCUGGUGUACAACAGCAAGAUCGAGAACCGCCAUGAGAUGCUGGCUGUAGAGCCCAUUAACGAACUGUUGAGAGACAAGUGGCGUAAGUUUGGGGCUGUGUCCUUCUACAUCAACGUGGUCUCCUAUCUGUGUGCCAUGGUCAUCUUCACCCUCACCGCCUACUAUCAGCCACUGGAGGGCACGCCACCCUACCCUUACCGGACCACAGUGGACUACCUGAGGCUGGCUGGCGAGGUCAUCACGCUCUUCACAGGAGUCCUGUUCUUCUUUACCAGUAUCAAAGACUUGUUCACGAAGAAAUGCCCUGGAGUGAAUUCUCUCUUCGUCGAUGGCUCCUUCCAGUUACUCUACUUCAUCUACUCUGUGCUGGUGGUUGUCUCUGCGGCGCUCUACCUGGCUGGGAUCGAGGCCUACCUGGCUGUGAUGGUCUUUGCCCUGGUCCUGGGCUGGAUGAAUGCGCUGUACUUCACGCGCGGGUUGAAGCUGACGGGGACCUACAGCAUCAUGAUUCAGAAGAUCCUCUUCAAAGACCUCUUCCGCUUCCUGCUUGUGUACCUGCUCUUCAUGAUCGGCUAUGCCUCAGCCCUGGUCACCCUCCUGAAUCCGUGCACCAACAUGAAGGUCUGUGACGAGGACCAGAGCAACUGCACGGUGCCCACGUAUCCUGCGUGCCGCGACAGCGAGACCUUCAGCGCCUUCCUCCUGGACCUCUUCAAGCUCACCAUCGGCAUGGGAGACCUGGAGAUGCUGAGCAGCGCCAAGUACCCCGUGGUCUUCAUCCUCCUGCUGGUCACCUACAUCAUCCUCACCUUCGUGCUCCUGUUGAACAUGCUUAUCGCCCUCAUGGGUGAGACCGUGGGCCAGGUGUCCAAGGAGAGCAAGCACAUCUGGAAGUUGCAGUGGGCCACCACCAUCCUGGACAUCGAGCGUUCCUUCCCUGUGUUCCUGAGGAAGGCCUUCCGCUCCGGAGAGAUGGUGACUGUGGGCAAGAGCUCAGAUGGCACUCCGGACCGCAGGUGGUGCUUCAGGGUGGACGAGGUGAACUGGUCUCACUGGAACCAGAACUUGGGCAUCAUUAACGAGGACCCUGGCAAGAGUGAAAUCUACCAGUACUAUGGCUUCUCCCACACCGUGGGGCGCCUUCGUAGGGAUCGUUGGUCCUCGGUGGUGCCCCGCGUAGUGGAGCUGAACAAGAACUCAAGCGCAGAUGAAGUGGUGGUACCCCUGGAUAACCUAGGGAACCCCAACUGUGACGGCCACCAGCAGGGCUACGCUCCCAAGUGGAGGACGGACGAUGCCCCACUGUAGGGGCCGUGCCAGAGCUCGCACAGAUAGUCCAGGCUUGGCCUUCGCUCCCACCUACAUUUAGGCAUUUGUCCGGUGUCUUCCCACACCCGCAUGGGACCUUGGAGGUGAGGGCCUCUGUGGCGACUCUGUGGAGGCCCCAGGACCCUCUGGUCCCCGCCAAGACUUUUGCCUUCAGCUCUACUCCCCACAUGGGGGGGCGGGGCUCCUGGCUACCUGUCUCGCUCGCUCCCAUGGAGUCACCUAAGCCAGCACAAGGCCCCUCUCCUCGAAAGGCUCAGGCCCCAUCCCUCUUGUGUAUUAUUUAUUGCUCUCCUCAGGAAAAUGGGGUGGCAGGAGUCCACCCGCGGCUGGAACCUGGCCAGGGCUGAAGCUCAUGCAGGGACGCUGCAGCUCCGACCUGCCACAGAUCUGACCUGCUGCAGCCCUGGCUAGUGUGGGUCUUCUGUACUUUGAAGAGAUCGGGGCCGCUGGUGCUCAAUAAAUGUUUAUUCUCGGUGGACA